AUUGGUUUAUAUCAAAUUUGCUCUCUAACAACAUCAAGCAUAGCUCCAUUUAUUGUAUCGUAAGUUCAUAAUAUAGGAUGAAGUAUUACCUGUUUAUCUUUGCGUUAAUCUUGGCUUAUGUUCAUUAUACCAACGCAGGAGGAUGUUUCUGCUAUAGUCGAGCUGGUACUUAUUGCGGUUUCCAAAGAGAACACGGUUACAUCGGUGGAGAUUGCUCUAGAGAUAAUAUGUACACCUGUUCGGGUGGCCAUGGAGCAUUAGCGGGUUGGGAAGGCAGAUGCAGACGUGGCCAAUGCACUGGAAGUGCUCCUGCUGGUCGCGAUUACUGUAAUCAUGGAAGCGAGAAAGGCAGAAAGAGAAGAUUUGCAGAAUUGAUUGGUCUUAAGAAAGUUUAAUUUAUAUUUCAUUAAUAUAAAAUAGGUGUUAUACAUAAAUAAAAUUUAGAUUUAUAUAUCUUGUCGUAAUUAUUGAUUUCUUAUAAUGUUUUUUCUUGCACUGAUUUAAGACUAUAUUCUAUUAAUUAGCAUUUAAUAGGAUGGCAUCGAUAUAUGACAUUACUUAUUAGCAAUUUUUAUGUUUAUUAUCUUUACGAGUUAAUUUUGAUUAUAAUGGAGUUUCUAUUUGAUCGUAAACACCGUUUUGUACGUGUUUUGUAUUAAUUAUAAAAAUUGAUUAACGUUUUUAUUCGUUCUGUUGUGUAUAUGUUGCAAACUUUAAUUAUUUUUACAUUGAUUAACGCGACCAAAUACAUGAAGUGCAUAUUUAUUAAAGUACCCCACUCGCUACUCAGAACACUGUUAAAUAUUAUUGUCGAUUAAUACGAAUAAUACUAACUAAUAAAAAAUAUUUGCUUAAUUUUUCAUAAAUCGCAUAUUUUUGCAUAAAAUUUAUUAAAACACAUAUUUAAAAAAAUUUUCAUACGUUAAUUUAAUUUUAUUGUGAAACAUUAAGUUAAUUAGCUAAAAUGUUCCAAUAAGUAAAUUUAAAUUUGAAUACAGUA